UAAUAAUUACAGUUACAUUACAAUAUAUAGAUUUGUCAAAAUCAAAGCUCUACUGCUCUGACAGCCACGCAGUAAGGUCAGUGAAUCCUUGUGCUGCCUAUAAUAUAGGUUCUACUGCAUCUUUUUGAUCUCGUUUGUGCUAUACAUCAAAACAAAAACAACGAAUAAAACAUGGGUUGCGAUGGAGGUACCAUUCCGCGACGAGAUGAGUUGGUCAGAAUCAAGAAAAAACCCGAGCAGAAAGAUAAAGAUGCUGAACUACACUACAGAUGGAAAAAUUGUUCCAUCAAGCAAUUACCACUCCAGAAACCUAUUGUUGCUUGUGGCCUAGGAAGGCUUUACAGCAAAGAAGCUGUCAUUGAAGGACUGUUGGAUCGUUCCAUGCUUCCAGAAUCAGCUACCCACAUUAAAAAUUUAAAGGACAUCAAGGCCCUAGAAUUGACUGAGAAUCCAGCCUAUAAAGGUGAAGAUUUAAUCAAAGGAGGAAACAAGGAUAAUGGCUCGAGUCAAUUCAUUUGCCCAGUCACUGGAUUGGAAAUGAAUGGAAAACAUAAAUUUUGUUUCCUUUGGCAAUGUGGAUGUGUCAUGAGCGAACGUGCAUUGAAAGAAAUAAAGGGCAACAACUGUCAUAAAUGUUCUGCAACAUUUGUGGAUGAUGAUAUAGUGGUUUUGAACCCAGAUGAUGAAGAUCUCCCAAAAAUGAUGGAAAACCUGGAAUCCAGAAGGAAAUCAAAGUCUAAGAAGCGUAAGAACAUAAAAGAAGAAAAAAGUGAAGUAAAAGAAGAAACUGGAGAACCUAGCCAGAAAAAGAAAGAUAAAAAAGAUAAAGCAACAUCAAGCGAUUCAAAGAAAGUUAUGCCUGCUCGAUCACAGGCUAAGGUACCAAAAGACCCCAAAAUGCAUAAAAUGAGCGGAGAUUACAGCGUUGCUCAAGAUCCUAAUGUAUCGGAAGUAGUGAAAAGUCUUUUUACUACUCAUAAAUCUGAGAAAGAGCAAACGAGAGCUCACUGGGUGACUUUCAAUCCAUUUUAUAAUUAAUCCAACAGCAUUUUAUUAGUAAAUAAAUAAUAUAUCAACUAGUUUGUAAAAUUAUGUAUUGAUCAGUGUACAUAUUUAAUUAUCAUAGUAUAGAAAAAUAAAAUUAUGCUUUUUUAUUAAAA